CAUGCUAGGGGUUUUAAGAAGACUGUUAUAGAAAUCAGUGGUCUUGAGCUACUAUUUGUCAUAUGAUCUUCAUACGGUCUCAGAUAGAUUUUAAACAACGCAAUGGAUGUGGCACACGUACUUCAGGAGAUGAAAAUCGGAGACAAAGGUUCCUGCUCUGUUCUUGCUGCUUUGAGUCACAUUCGUGAGCAUUUCGAGGUGGAAGAUGCACAUGAGAAUCGCGCGCGCAUCUUGGAAGACACAGCAGAGCUGCUCGCAAACGCUCCUCUUUCCUGGCUCUUUCCUGGAGGGAACACUGAUUUACGAGGCCAGUAUUUGGGCUUAGUGAACUCAUUUACCCGUUACGCUGCCCUGCCAGUAUGUGACACAGACAGCGGCACUUUACCUGCUAAGAAUUACGAGGACAUACCGGCCAAAGCUCAGGCUGUUAGUACAGUGCUUCUUGCGUUGUCUCUGCAGAUUCAGAAUGCACUGGAGGAUCAAAACAGUCCAGCUAUCAUGUCUCUAGUUCGCACACUAGCGCCCACCUACUGUAUAUUCUCCAUUACACACUUGCAGGAGCAGCCUUGGACCAGUGCAGCCUCCAGAAAAAGAGCUCUGGAACUCUUAACAUCAGUAGUGGAAUUGACAGGCAGCAGGUCAGUGCAAGAGCUGCUGUCUGGAAAACUUGAUGAGGACCAGAAAGGAGUUCUGGGGCCAGUUCUUGACACACUGCAGCUAGAAUUAACCAAGGAGAGCUGGAAGCGUAACCAGGCAGUGAAGCAUGUGUUCUCCUGGGUGCUGUUUCAGGUUGGACGUCCCUGUUUAACGCAGUAUUUGGAGAAGGUGUUUCCGCCAUCUUUGCUUAUAUCUGAUGAUUAUCACACAGAAAACAAAGUAUUGGGUGUGCACUGCCUGCAUCACAUUGUUCUCAAUGUGCCUGGUGCUGAUCUGAGGCAGUUCAACAGAGCUCAGGUGCUCUAUCAUGCUGUAUUCAAUCACUUACACACAUCUGAGGCCACACUUAUACAGGUUGUGCUGCCCUGCCUUAUAGACUUGCUGUCAGUCCUUGAGAAACCUCCAGCCCUUGCAGGUACACGGCGUAAACAAAAUCGAUUUGACAAUAUGCUCCGGCACGUGUUGACAUACAUGGAAAUGGAGCACAAGCUUGACCUUCGUCGUGUAUAUGCCAGAAAUCUUGUCUUACUGAUUGAAAGGAUGGGUAUAGUAAUUAUUCGUCACAUGAAAAGGCUGGAGAGGGUGAUUGUUGGCUAUUUGGAAGUCUCGGAUGCUCCAGAGGAGAAAUGCAGACUGAAUAUCCUGGAGGCUCUGCAAAAGACUCUACAGAUUGCUUGGCCAUGUAUGGAGAAGAGGAUGGGUUUGCUAACUCAGAGUCUUCUGAGGUUUCUGGUUGACGUCUCAUCAGACUCAUUACCCACUCAGCUGAAAGAGCACCUCAUGACCGAAGCAUCCCAAUGUUUACUGCUGCUCAACCACUGCUCAAAGGGAAAACUACAGACUCUUCUGAGAGAGAUAGACAGCAGUUGUGUCCCUGAUGCUGUGUUGAUGUGUAUUCAGAAAGUAACUGCAGCACCACUGUGUCAAUAAGCUGUAAGCUGGCAAUAAUACUUGCCCCUUUUCCCAUUUAUGGAGGUGAAGUUAGCGGAGUAAAAUCUGUAAUAAAAAAUACUGUAAUACA